AAAUUUGUCAUUUUUUUCCUCCAAAAUGGGUCGACCCGAGAAAUUAUCUUAUGAUUUUUAUUCUAAAACCCUAAACCCUAUUUUUUUUUAUUCGUUCGCUUCAUGCCCGUCGAUCGGGAUCUUCCUACUAUCUCCGACGACCUUCCGGCACUACGGCGUGUCGCCGCUGCCGGUCAUAUUCUCUCCCAUCAGUUUCGCUUCUUCGUUCACUUCACGGCUGACGCUCCACUGGAAUUCUUCUUUCGAAUCACUGUGCUUGUCUUGCACCGAUCAUGGCACUUCAUUCACUUCGUCUCCGUCGCUCUUUGUCUGUUCUUUCUACUUUCUACCGAUAUGCGGCAGUAUCUAGUCAAACCCGCCAUUCUAUAUUUUGUCCUUCCGCUCCGUCAGUAUCCAAGUCUCCCGCUAUGAUCUCAUCACAUUGGCCAUUGAGAUUGUCGUCAAUCGCUUCCUAUUCCCGGUCAUCAUUUGCGAGGAAAAAAGAACCUGACAAGUUAAUACUCGAGGGCUGCGAUUACAACCACUGGCUCAUCACCAUGGACUUUAAGGACUCAAAACCCACUCCAGAGGAGAUGGUUCGAACCUACGAAGAAACCUGUGCCAAAGGCCUAAAUAUUAGUGUGGAAGAAGCAAAACAGAAGAUGUAUGCUUGUAGUACAACUUUGUAUCAGGGGUUUCAAGCUGUGAUGACAGAAGAAGAAUCAGAUAAAUUUCGCGAUCUACCUGGUGUUGAGUUUGUAUUGCCUGAUGCUUACAUUGAUCCUGAAAAGAAAGAGUAUGGAGGAGACAAAUAUAUCAAUGGAACAAUUAUUCCAAGACCACCACCCACUCAAUAUGGUGGAAGGCAGGAGCCCAUAGAUCGUAAUGGAAAUCCAGAUCAACCAAGAAAUGAGAGGCCACCUAGAACGGCGCCAAACUCGCAGGGCAAUUCAUCUUUUAAUCAACGGGGUUGUAUGCAAGGAGAUGGACGCCAUUUUAGAGCUUCAGAAAACUAUUUGCCACAACGUCCACCCAAAAAUUACAUUCCCGUAAGGCCUGGAGAAAGGAGAGUUCAUUCACCUAUGAACACUAGUGCUCCUGAAGGAAGAGAUUCAUAUCAAGGAGGAAGAGUUCCAAUGCCUCCUCAUCAAGGAAACUACAGUCGAAGGGGGCAGGGAAGUUAUAACCAUGAUUUGCAAGGAAAUUAUCGGCCUCUAGGAGAGCAAAGAGAUGUGUUCCCAGUAGUCCAAGGUAAUUUUGAUAGUGGCUUUACCUCACAACUCGGAGAAAGGAGAGAUCAUUCACCUAUGAACACUUAUGCUCCCCAGGGAAGAGAUUCCUAUCAAGGAGGAAGAGGUUUAAUGCCCUCUCAUCGAGGAAACUACAAUCAAAGGGGACAGAGAAGUUAUAACCAUGAUGUGCAAGGAAGUUAUCACCCUCAAGGAGAGCAGAGAGAUUGCAUGUUCCCCUUAGUCCAAGGUCAUUUUGAUAGUGGCUUUACCCCACGGUUUGGAGAAAGGAGAGAUCAUUCGCCUAUGAACGCUUAUGCUCUCGAAGGAAGAGCUUCCUAUCAGGGAGGAAGAGGUUUAAUGCCUUCUCAUCGAGGAAACUACAAUCAAAGGGCGCAAGGAAGUUAUAACCAUGAUGUGCAAGGAAGUUAUCAACCUCAAGGAGAGCAAAGAGAUUACAUGUUCCCACUAGUCCAAGGUAAUUUUGAUAGUGGCUUUACCCUGCGGCCCGGAGAAAGGAGAGAUUGUUCGCCUAUGAAUACUUAUGCUUUUGAAGGAAGAGAUUCCUAUCAGGGAGGAAGAGGUUUAAUGUCGUCUCAUCAAGGAAACUACAAUCAAGGAGGGCAGGGAAGUUAUAACCAUGAUGUGCAAAGAAAUUAUCAACCCCAAGGAGAGCAGAGAGAUUAUGUGUCCCCCCUAGUCCAAGGUAAUUUUGACAGUGGCUUUACUUGGCUUGGAGAAAGGAGAGAUUGUUCACCUAUUAAUACCUAUGCUUACGAAGGAAGAGAUUCCUAUCAAGGAGGAACUGGUCUAAUGCCUUCUCAUCGAGGAAACUACAAUCAAAAGGGGCAGGGUAGUUAUAACCAUGAUGUGCAAGAAAAUUAUCAGCCUCAAGGAGAGCAGAGAGAUUAUGUGUUUCCACUAGGCCAAGGUAAUUUUGAUAGUGGCUUUACCACAGGGCUUGGAGAAAGGAGAGAUCAUUCACCUAUGAACACUUAUGCUCCUGAGGGAGGAGAUUCCUAUCAUGAAGGAAGAGGUCUAAUGCCUUCUCAUCGAGGAAACUACAAUCAAAGGGAGCAGGGAAGUUAUAACCAUGAUGUGCAAGGAAAUUAUUGGCCCCAGGGGGAGCAGGGAGAUUAUGCACCUCCACCAGGCCAGGUUAAUUUUGGUGGUGGCUUUACCCCAUGGUUUGGAGAAAUGAAAGACCAUUUGCCUGUGAACAAUUAUGCUCUUGAAGGAAGAGAUUCCUAUCAUGGAGGAAGAAAUCCCAUGCCUUUUCAUCAAGGAAACUAUAGUCAAAGGGAGCAUGGAAGUUAUAAUCAUGAUGUGCAAGAAAAUUAUCAGCCUCAAAGAGAACAGAGAGAUUGUGUUCCUCCACCAGGCCAGGGUAAUUAUGGUAGUGGCUUUAAUCCUACACAGGGUGGACCUUAUGUGCUCGGUGGAUAUCGUGGUCAUGGAGCAGGAACGCCUUAUGGUCAAGGACAGAGCCAUGGAUCUUAUCCGAACUUUAUCGAAGGUAAAAAAAUUUCCCUAGGUGACCAAAGGAACAUGCAUGAAGAACAACUAAACUACAAUCAAAGGGUGCAAGUAAGUUAUGACAUGCCUCCACUAGGCAAAGGUAUAUUUGGCAGUGGCUUUACCUCAGGGCUUGAAGAAAGGAGAGAUCAUUCACUUACAAACACUUAUGCUCCUCUAGGAGGAGAUUCUUAUCAGGGAGGAAGAUGUCCCAUGCCUUCUCAUCAAGUAAACUACAAUCAAAGGUGACAGGGAAGUUAUAACCACGUGCAAGGAAAUUAUUGGUCUCAAGGAAAGCAUAGAGAUUAUAUGCCUCCACCAAGUCAGGGCAAUUUUGGUUGUGGCCUUAAUCCCUCACGGGGUUGACCGUAUGGGCAAGGUGGAUAUCAUGGUCAUGGAGGGAAUGUCUUACGGUCAAGGACAGAUUUUUCCUAGCUCUACCGAAGGUCAAGAAUUUUCCAAGGAGCAGGAAUGUCUUAUGGUCAAGGACAGAUUUAUCCAAGCUCUACUGAAGGUCAAGACUUUUCCAAUAUGACCAAAGAAACAUGCAAGAAGAACAACGAAGCCACACUUUUGGUGAACAAGCAUGGAACAAACAAGGGAGAUUCUGAGGCAGUCUGAAUAUUUAAUAUGAAGAGAUCUUUACAAAAGCUAUGGGCCAUUCCAUUUUGUCUCGUGUUUCUUGCUGCUCCGAUUUUCGACUCCAACAACAAGGUUAUGUUUGGUGUUCACUAUGCUGCCUCAUCUCUAUCGAAGACCACCACCUCCACAUCGACUUACAACAUCUACCUUUGAUUCACUUUCAGCGGCCAACUCUGGUGACUAUGUCGAUUAUCUCCCACGACUAAUUCUGCUGACCAACUCAACCGAAAAAAGUCAGCUGAUGAAAGUGUUUCUAAACACAAAAUUGAAAUUAUUGGUUAAUGGUGAUUAACAAUAAUCUUUUUACAUUAAUUUGAGAUUAAUUAAAAGUCUCCUAGUGUAAACAAACCAAACAGGCUUGAGUAUACAUUUUCACUUUUACAGGAAAGCCUUUGAUAUUUUUGAAAACUUUGUUCAUAUUGACAUAGUUUUACAUGUGCAAUUGGUAGCAGUUACGAGCUUAGCUUUUGAAAAAGACAAACUCUCAAGGUUAUACACAUCAACAUUGCUCUCUUGUUUGGAUAUGUAUAUAUAUUGAAGCAUUAUAUAGGUUA